GCGAGACUAGAACUCACAGUCUCUCGGUUUCUAGCCUGAUAGACUAACCACGACACCAUGGCUCUCUUUCAUUUGGUAGCCGCUGAAAAUGCCUUCCGAGCAUUGAUGGGCUGGAGUCCCUCAGCUACACGGCUCGCUGUUCUCCAGCCAGGGAGAAGAACCAGACAUAAGGACUGACAUUGCACGAGGGCUGACGGGAUACUAGGCAGGAAGGAGGAAACAGCUGGGGACUGUAUCCCCCCGGCCUGCUGCCAGAUCCAUCAGGGGAAUUCAUCGUUCCAGGCCUUUGCACAGUGAAGGCUGCUAGGAUCAGUCCUCAGCGUCUUCAGAGUAAACACUGCCCCGCUGGAGGAUGGAGAUUUCUUCCCACCAGUUCCACCUCCUGCAGCAGCUGAACGAGCAGCGCCAGCAGAACCUAUUCUGCGACUGCCACAUCCUGGUGGAGGGGAAGGUCUUCAAGGCCCACCGCAAUGUCCUCUUCGCAAGCAGCGGCUACUUCAAGAUGCUCCUCUCCCAGUGCGCCAAGGAAGCCAGCCAGCCGACCACUGCCACCUUCCAGGCGUUUUCUCCAGAAACAUUUUCGGUGAUUCUGGACUUCGUGUAUUCGGGCAAACUCUCCCUGACUGGCCAGAACGUGAUUGAGGUGAUGUCGGCAGCCAGCUUCCUGCAGAUGACCGACGUCAUUAGCGUUUGUAAGACCUUCAUAAAAUCGUCCCUGGACAUCAGCGAGAAGGAAAAAGACCGCUACUUUAGCCUCUCGGACAAAGAAGUGAACUCCAACGGGGUGGAGCGCUUGUGCUUGUACAGUGCUGGCUGGAGGUCGGAGGCCAGUCCGCCCCAUUCCCACUUAAGCCCCGACCAAGGGACGUGCGUGGUGGGCAGCAACUCUUGGGCCAAUUUCAGCUAUUACCCGUCUGCCCCCAGAGCCGCCCAGCCCCUCUCCAAACACGACCAAAGACAAGAGCCCCUGAAGAAAAGCAGGCACAUAGGGCUGCCCCAGCCUGCAGACGUGCCCCCCUACAAAUCGAGCAAACUGGAAGACCGGGCUUCUGAGCAGGCAAGCCGCCCUCCUCCGUCCGAAGAGGACCUGCAGAUCGACUCGGAAGGGGACUCCUGUCCCGCAGGGUACCAGUACGUGCAGGGGUCGGACGCGGUGCCCAGAGGACUGGCUGCCUCUCAGCACGAGCACGAUUCUCCCCACUCCGCCAGCAAGUCGAAGUCUUCCAAAGCUGAAGAUCAGUACCCCAGCAUGCCCUCGGUCUUGGGGGUCAUGGGGAACUGGGCCGAGGAUGACCUCCCGAGGAUGAGGUUCAAAUGCCCCUUCUGCACUCACGUGGUGAAACGGAAAGCGGACCUGAAGCGACACCUUCGCUGCCACACGGGAGAGCGGCCGUAUCCGUGCGAAGCCUGCGGGAAAAGAUUCAGUAGGCUGGAUCAUUUGAGCAGCCACUUCCGAACGGUAACCUUUCUUCCUUCCUUUUGUUUUUUUGACGUUCUGCUUUAAGACGGCACCCUUUCCUCCUGCUGGCUAGGAAUUCUGGGAGUUGUAGUGA